UAUUUACUGUGCACAUAGAAAGAAAGAUUUCAAAGGAAAGGAGAAAGAAGGAGAAGAACACAGAGCAAUUUUAGAGACCAAGGGGAUUUGUUGAGAGAGAGAUUUUAAGAUCGGAGCAAGAGGAGUUUGAUUGGAUUUCAACUUAAUUUGGGAUAUUAGGAUUUAGAGAAAUGGCGUCAAGAGUAGUUCUUCCUCAGAGACAAAGAGAUGGGGUUGCUGAAAUUCCUAAAGCAAAAGCACCAGCGGGAGGAAUUCGGAAACCUUUAGGGGAUAUCGGGAAUGUAGAGACUAUUAGAGGUGCAGAUGGGAAAGCACAGCAGGUCAAUGGAAUUCCACCACAUCGUCCUGUCACUAGGGGAUUCUGUAAACAGCUACUUGCUAAUGCACAAGCUAAUUUGGAGAAUAAAAAUAAGUUACAAUUUGUUGUGAUUGAUGAUGGAGCUGCUGUACCUAAAAAAAGGAUAUCAAAGCCUGUUCAAAAGAAAGAAGUUGUGAAACCCAAGCCAGUGGAGGUAAUUGAUAUUAGUCCAGAUACAGUAGAGGUUAAGAAGGAAAAACCCCAGAAAGCAGCAUCAAGGAAGAAAGCUCCAACCUUAUCUGCAGUUUUAUCUGCUCGUAGCAAGUAUGCUUGUCGUUCAGCUCAUAAACCAAAGAAGGACCCCAUUGUGGACAUUGAUGGAGGAGAUGCUGAUAAUCAGUUGGCAGCUGUGGAGUACGUCGAGGAUUUGUACAAGUAUUACAAGCUCGCAGAGAAGUCAAGCCUAAUUCAUGACUAUAUGGGUUCACAGCAACAAAUUAAUGAGAGCCAUAGGAUGAUUCUUGUAGACUGGUUGAUUGAAGUUCACAGCAAAUUUGAACUCGCCCCUGAAACCCUUUAUCUUACCAUCCAUAUUGUUGAUCGUUACCUAUCCACACACAUUGUUCCAAAAAGGGAGUUGCAGUUACUGGGCAUGAGUUCUAUGCUGAUUGCUAGUAAAUAUGAAGAAAUUUGGGCACCAGAGGUAAACGACUUUGUCUGUAUUUCAGACAGGGCUUAUACAAGAGAACAUAUAUUAGCUAUGGAGAAAUCAAUCUUGGGAAAGCUUGGAUGGACUUUAACUGUCCCUACUCCUUACGUUUUCCUUGUGCGUUUUAUCAAGGCUGCCGUGGCUGAUAAGAAGAUGGAGCACAUGGUUUAUUUCUUGGCGGAGUUGGGUCUGAUGCAGUAUAGCAUGAUAAUGUUCUCUCCAUCCAUGUUGGCUGCCUCUGCAGUCUAUGCAGCAAGGUGCACCCUGAACAAGACACCACUGUGGGAUGAAACACUUAAGCUUCAUACAGGCUUCUGUGAAUCUCAGCUGAUAGAAUGUGCCAAACAAUUGGUCAGCUUUCACUCUGGCGCUGCAGAACACAAUCUUCGGACUGUUUACAGGAAAUAUGCAAGUCCUGAACGCAGUGCUAUUGCCUACCUCUCCCCAGCCAAAAGCCUCUUGGCAUGAUGAGACAGAGAAAUAUAGAGAGAUAGAGAAACAAAGCCUUUUCUGUAGGCUGUUUCAUAUUACAAUACUGUACCAGAGAAUUCAAUGAGCUCAUUUGUAUUUUCAUUUUCUAAGAACACAUAAUUCAAUUUCAACUCAUAUAUGUGUUUGUUAUAUAGCAAUAUCAACAAAGUUUGAUGGUUUAUUAUGAGUUUUUUCGCGUGCAUCUUGGCUUGGGGGUUCUUAUAGCAUUUGUAUUGGUGUGAUUUUACUUUGUUGAUUUCCUUAACUGUCUGUUACUGGAACUAAUGUAGAAGAAUAAUAGGCAAACUUGAAUGGAAAUGAAAGCAAGAAAGAUACUGUUCAGUGAUAUUUUUGUACAUUGACUCGUCACAAAGUAGAGGAUACUGUUCAGUGAUAUUUUUGUAUAUAGAUUCUACAUUGACUCGGAGUGUACAAAAUAUAA